UACAUGAAUGUCAACUAUACGAACUUUGCUUAGCAUUGAAUAGGAUAUUUUUCCUCUGUCAACUUGACAUCAUACUCAUUAGGCGUGCAUUUGGUGGGCAUAGUAUGGGUUGGAAUUGCACCCGUGAGGCUAGAAACGUGACAGCGUCUCAAGGAGCAAGAACAUACUGGAGUGCACGUGCACGUACAGUAGAUUUUAUAUGCAACAAUAGGAUAAAUACAUGCACACUGUUCGUCACAACAUGCUAGCUUACAGAAAACGUUUUCAAUGAUCACCGUUUACACUAUGUGCGCUAGGAAGGAUAUAAUACCGCCAAGUAGGCCCACUGCGUUGGGACAACCACAAGGGUGAGAUUAUCCUGGUACAUACUUUUUUGUACGGGGUAUGUACGUUGGCGUUACUCGAACCAUUGUAAUUUCUCAUGGUACAUCGAAACAUCGACCGCGUCGCUUUCCUGAAGUGCUACUGCUAUUGAUUUUCGUGUGUUCAACAUGAUUAAAUACCGUUUGGAAAAAUGACCCUGCUGUACAUGAACAAAGAGACGGUAAUACUUGGUACAUAUGUUAUAUACCUAUACAUGCACUCUGCAUCUGUGCGACACAUCCGCCGACGACACUGUUAUUAACGCAAUACGAGUACCUCUGAGAACUAUAAUUCGGCUUUCAGCAGUCAACCAUUCAUCGUAUUGACCAACUACCUUUGCCUUUAGGUACAUGUAUCACGAGGCUUGGAAUGGUCGCCAUUAAUUCUUCCUAGGGUACUCCUCCCUGUAUCCCCUAGGGCAAAAUGAGCGGGGACAGAUCAGUCAAGCGUACAUAUUUACAAGACAUGAGAGUCCGGAUGCACGUUAGCAAUACACGUAUGUUGUAUUAGAUAUUUACAAUUGUGAGUGUCCGAAAGGAAAAGCAAAUUUUGUUGGUCAGAGCAAAGUCGGUUGUAUGCGUUGUUCUUCAGAGCGACUGUCUUUGAAUGGACAAUGUCAUCAGAAAGACUGAUAAACUAGUCCUCUUAGAAAGAAAUGUGCCGAUACAAUUCUCUGGUGAUACGUGUACUGUAGGUGGAAACUUGUGAACAAAAGGAUCUACAGCAGCCGCCCAUUUGUGGAAACAAGUCACUGCUAUCAUAUGGGAGAUGGAUCGGGCACGGCGAAUUGUGAUCUUGUUAUGAUUUCCUUCUCAUUUUCUAUCGAAAAAUCGACCCUCGGAACUCCCUAAACGGCGUAAUCUGGAAAAAGAGGCAUAAAUAAGGAACAUUUCACGGCAAGAUCUGCUCAGGAUAACACAAAGAAGGUGCUUUGUCGAUAUAAACAGAUGGUCGUUUUACAGCGAAAGUAAAAUCCAAGUCUGGUGAAUUGUCACAUUACAUUUACUGAUAUAUUUUGCACUUUAUGCAUGAUGGCUAGAAGAAAAAUCAGGAGUUAUAUUUACUUUGCUGUAAAGGCAUUGGGAAUUUUGAUGGUAUUGCGCUUAAUAUCCUUGUUAUUCCAUGCACCAUUUGCAGUGUCGAGGCAAUCGGUUGCAGACGCAAGGCACCACAGCUAUGCCACCGAGACAGCUGCAAAGCCGACAGGACGCCCUCACAGAUUCUUAUACACACCGACAGAAAAGUCUAAUACUCUUGCCCCUAGUAAUGACAUUUUCAGAGCAAGGACAAAGGCUCUCGGUUUGUAUCAAAUAUCAAGUGACUUUUACGGCAAGCAUUCAGUUGCUCAACUUGUGAAAAGUCAUAAGCUCUUCGAAGAAGGUGCGAAUCCUCACGAUUUUCGUUACAUCAUUCAACCAAAAGAAUCCUGCAAAGAUACCCAAAACAUCUAUAUGACUAUCAUAGUAAGCUCACACCCCAGUCAUUCAAGUAGGAGAAAUAUCAUUCGAAAUACAUGGGGCAAUCCAAAAACGUUUGAGUUCAAGGGGAUUUUAACACGUACCAUAUUUGUGAUGGGACUUUCCAGGAAUUCUACAACAAAUUGGGCUUUGCUUGAAGAAGGUAAAAAAUUUAACGAUAUUGUCCUUGAAGAUUUUUUAACCGAAUACAAGAAUAUGACUUAUGCGCAUAUAGCAGGUUUUAAAUGGAUUGCCACGUAUUGUAACCAAUCGAAGUGGACAAUUAAGACUGAUGAUGAUGUGUAUGUUAAUAUCUUUCAAGCAAUAAGUUUUCAAGAAAAGAACAAACUCACAGGCGAUUUUAUCGCUGGGGCUAUCACCACGCCUGCAGUAUACAGACGCGGUGGAAAAUGGCGCGUGACAAAAUCUGAGUAUAUAGAUGACCGAUACCAGACGUACCCUAUGGGAUAUGGUUAUAUGACUACAACAAACUUAGUGUCCAAGAUGUAUACUGCGUCUAUUUCGACACCGUUUUACUGGAUUGACGAUGUUUAUGUGGGGAUUUUAGCCGCGAAAGUUGGUGGCGUGCGCUUCAGAAGAACACAAACUAACAAUUGGCUGGGUAAAAACGUUAACAUUAAUGUUUUAGCAAAUAAUGGCGCGCUUUUCACACAUUUGGAGGCCAGGCAUGUCAGUAAAGCCACUGAUAUCUUUAAAAAACAAAAUCAAACAUAUCAUCAGGGCUUAAAAAGACGCUGA